AUGAGCCAUGAUAACCAACCUGAUUUCUCUCAAAUCCCCAGGUCAAUGUUCAACUACCCAUGGCUGGAAUAUCGAAACAGGAACCAAAAAUACAGAAAAGCCAUGGCUCCUGUUCACCUGCCCCUGUCCUGUUACAAGUUGCCCAAAGAAGCAUUUCCCCCAAGUCCAGAGUGCUGGAGGACGCAUCCAAGCAGGCCAAACGCAACUCCGUGCCUCUACAAAAAGAGGCCCGAUCUCUUCUUAAACUGGCGCACCCUGAUUGACCAACGCCAGGAAAAGGAGAUGCAGAGGCUGUUUUGGAAAAGAAGAACGUUCCCAAGGUACAUCAAAGACAGUGCCCAACUACGAAGCCUCCAUGUCCCUCUCAGCAACUUAACUUUAAAAUCUAAGUUGGGAAGCAGGUCGUUAGAUCCCACCACGGACCCCCUGAAGUGGCAAAGAUUAAAGGAACUCACAAGGAGCCUGAAAUCUCCAAGAGAGGAUGAGCAAUGCUAUGCGGCCUAUGCUUUAGGGAGUCUGGGCAUCAAUAACGGGUUUGUCAUGGAAGCCCUGUGGCAGGUGGCUCAAACCGGUUCAGCAAAAGUGCAAGGCGAGGCCUAUAGAACCCUGGCCAUCCUAGGUUGCUUGAAUGAGACUGUGAUCCAGGCUCUCAUCCAACAGUUGACUGAUCAAGAUGAGAGUCAAAAAAGACAGACCCUGAUAGUGCUACGAGUAGCUCUAAACUCCUGGGCUGCUGCACCUGAUAACAAGAGACCAGAAGUGGGAAAUGAAGAAGAGCUGGUGUCUGUGCUGCAGCAGCUGAUGGGCAAGUCACUGAAUGAAGUAUCCUUAGAGGCAGCGCUAUGCUUGGGUUUCCUGAGGCCCAGCAACAGCAUGGUCCAGGAGUUCUUUCAGCUAUGCCUAAGCCAAGGGUCCAUGCACCAGAGGAUGAAGGCACUUAGGAUGCUGGUCAAGAUGAUGAAAGUUCAUUCAGCUGCAGUCACCAGGGCCAUUCUGGAACAGCUAUACUCCGAUGUCCUUGACGAUCGCUUUGAAGCCACCCAGAUGCUCAAGACCAUUGGGCUGGAAAAGAUCCAGGCACAAGGGCUGGAAGAACUCACAUUUGACCUGCUCAAGAGGAAGAUACACAAUGAACCCUUCCUAGCAAUGAGGCAAGCUGUGGCUGAAACUGUGGAAGUGCUCAAGAUGAAGCCUUUAAUAACGAAACUGGUGGAGGCGCAACUGAUGAGUCCAGAUGUCACUGCCCGCCAGGAAGCAAUCAUCUCUUUGGGUGCCCUGGGGAUCCGCAACGAACAGUUGUUCCACCUGCUGCUGGACAUGCUAGAUGCAGAAGAGACCCAGAGUAUGAAGAAGAGUAUACAAGAAACAUUACUUGUCUGGGCCUCAAACAAUCCCUGGAUCCAAAACAGGCUGAAGAACAAGAUUUUCUUUGUGUAUGAUGUACCUAAGACUGUGAAGGCAAAGCCUACAAGGUUCCGGGAGGAGCCACAGGGCCUAGAUGACAUAUGUAUCAAAGACUUCCGACAGGUUAAGCUGAACCCCUUAUAUAUUGCAAAGUCCUGCAACAAGCAAGGUGAAAAGCCAGAGGCACCUGCCUUUUCAUUCUAUUUCUCCGAACCAAGAAAGCAAAAGUCACCGGACAAAGGGCCUUGGGAGCCAAAAAUCAGGGCACAACUCCGGGACUUGUUGAGGCCUCAAAAUAGUUUUAUUUGGGCCUAA